UCAGGUCUCAAAGGGGAUUUGCACGUCGCGUCUGAGCUGGAAGAGCUGUAGAUCCACUGCACUGCCAACAACUGAUACUGUGGCCCUGUGGGAGGGAUUCUCGCGUCCCGUCUCAAGCAGUUUCGUAGAUUGGUAGCAACGUUCUGGUUUGAAAAUAUUUUGGAAACAAGAUAAUUUUUUCUGCUCCAGAUCGCCCUAGCUAUUUAGACCGCGUACCGGGGUAUUCGUCUCCAGUUCUAGUCUGUGCUCGCGUUCUAGUCAAACAACAAUUAUUAUUAUUUCGCUGCUAGAGUAGUUGACUGGCUCGUUAGUAGGCGGUACGGUGUGUAGGGUAGUUCGCUAGUGCCAUUGGCGGCCAGCGAACAUGGCUACCUCACAGAACGGUGCUGGAAAGAAAGACGCCCAUCAAGCGCUCACGCUGCUCGAAGAAUACUCCACUCACCUGGGGGGUGACAAGAAGGCUCUGCAGAGCGCUAUCAAUCGUCUAAUUCGCGUUUUUCGCACUCGAUUGUUCCAAGCACUCCUCGAUAUUCAAGAUUUCUAUGAAGACACGCUCCUUAGCGAUGAAAAGCCCCAGCAGGCCAAGAUCUCAAGAGCCCUGGAAAUGGCCGCCAGGUGGGAAACCAACUCGUUUAUACCGGCGACGAAUCGCGAUCCGUCCAAGUCGCCACGCGUGCCGGCGUUCUCCGCAGACCAGACACCGCCGGUACCCAAGAAACAGUCCGCAUCGUUUGCUUCACCGGAGCUUCCUCCACCGCCAGCGGACGCUGUAGAUGGAGCGAAGCCAAGUAUAUCGGCCAAGCCGGUGCCAUCUUGGCAGUAUGACGAGAUUACAUACACGCUGUCCAAGGACAAUCCACGUGAUAGCUUUGGCUUUGGCUUUGUCGGUGGCGUGGAUGCCCCCAUUGUGCCGAAUGAUCCGCACCUCUACGUCAACAUUGUACCACACAGUGGUCGAGCAGCCGCAUACUUGAAACCUAAUGAUCAAAUAGCGUCCAUCAAUGGGUUUGAUGUUGGAAAUGGCGUAACAUCACAUGCUCAAGCGAUAGACCUCAUCAAAGAUGCUGGCCUUCGCCUGGUGCUGGUAAUACGACGCGGGCAAGACCGUAUUUUCAGCUACACGGAGGGCGGGCCCAUACCGGCCGAUCUGAACCGCCAGCGCUCGGUCGUGUCUGCCUUCUCGGACGAAAAGCUAGUGACUCUACGCAAGAACAAGGCUACACAAUCGUUGGGAUUUAGCAUCAAGGGUGGCAGUGACAACAUUUACUUAGAGGGCAGUGUGGGGAUCUUCGUCUUCCGCCUGUAUGAAAACGGACUGGCGGCUCUCUCUAAGGGUGUCUCCAUUGGUGACCAGCUAAUUUCGGUGAAUGGUGUGAACCUGGAGAAUGUGGCACAUGAGCAGGCUGUUUCAACACUGAAGAAUGUCUCCGACGUUGCCGUGAUGUUUCUAAGACCCAGUGCACUAUCUGGAACGGACACAAAGAUGCCACGUCGGCGCGAGGCUGAUGAGCGUAAGGUGAUGUUGAGCAAGCCCGACGGCGUGAGGAGUCUAGGAAUCAACAUUGUGGGUGGCGACGCCGGCGAGGGAAUCUUUGUCUCCUUCAUCAUGAGCGGCGGUGUAGCUGAUCAAAACAAUGAGUUGAAGCGAGGUGACAAGAUCCUUGAAGUUGAUGGUCACGACUUUGCGCCGUUGAGUCAUGGUGAAGCCGCUGCAAUCCUCAAGGGAUCAGGCCAGAGAGUCGAGAUGGUCAUAGCUUUCCGGCCACAAGAGUAUGGUGAGUUUGAGAAGAAGCUGCAGCAUCAGCGAACGCUCAUGGCCAAGCCCAAUAGCGGAACCCUUAGGACGUCCUCCAAGAAGAGCAUGCAUGUCAGAGUACUAUUCUCUUACGACAAGACGCGCGACUCUGGCUUGCCGAGUGAGGGUCUGAGCUUCCGCUUCGGUGACAUUCUACACGUAACGAAUGCUGCGGACAAGGAGUGGUGGCAAGCAAAGCAUGUCAACCUGGACACCAAUGCUGAUGAAGGUAGCCAAGGAGUGGUUCCAAGCAAAGAAAGAUACGAGAAGAGAGAAAGAGCAAGGAACCGCCGUGUCAACUUUGGCUCGACAGAUCUCACUGAGCCCGCCGAAGAGCGAAGAGUUUCACUGGCUGGCAAGGGAAGCGUCACCAGUAGUCCUGCUACGGCUGAGCACACCGACGGAGCGGCACCAAGGCGCCGCAGAAGCUUCACCUUCUCAAAACGCCUGCCGUUCAUGAAGAAACAGGAGCGUGACCCGGCAAAGCCAAAGACAGCAUCGACUACGGAGAAACCUGAAGAGGAGGAAAAGAUCGCCUCGUACGACGUUGUUGAGCUUGAAACAAUAUCGUACCGUCGACCGAUUGUCAUUCUGGGCCCAUUCAAGGACCGCAUCAACGACGAGCUGUGUUCAGAGAAUCCCGAUCUGUUUGGAACCUGUGUACCGCACACGAGUCGGCAGGCCAGGUCGGAUGAAACAGGCGGC